AAAAAAGUGACACUAAAAAUUCAUACCAGUUUUUUAAACAUUGUUUGAAGCUAAAUGUGACAAAAUGUUGCUGUUAUUUUCAGCGUGAGCCACUUUACAAACGGCUCCCCAUAGACAUGAUUUAAAAAUAUAACUCUGCAAUCAUUAUUAUUAAUCAUUAAGCUGUCAAAAUCACUUGAUAACAACUCAGAUUCAUGCUCACUACAUUGUCAUACUGAUUCAACAGUGUAAAGUGGAUCAUAAUCCCUACUUUUCCAGACAAUUUAUAUUAUAACUGUUUAACCUACUUUUUAGCUUUAUAGUUGAACUGAAAACACAAAAUAUAUUAAAAAUGUCUCUUUUUAAAAAAAACCUAAGUUUUUGUUAUCAACAUGUGUGUAAAUAUUUGUGUCCAACAUGCUCUUAUAAUAAUAAUCUGCUAUGGCGUUAGGUGCAGUUUGAGAGGUUGCAGCAGCAUUUCAGGCUGUGAAUUUUGAUUAACCUGAACUUCAUUCAUUUAGGAAUCAGAAAUAUAAUGUAUCAUAUGCUUUUUUAAAAUUUUUUUUUUUUUAGAAAUUAUGACAUGAAGAGAUGGCAUGUGUUUUUUUUUCAAUCAUUUCUUCGUUAAUGUUGGAACAUGGACAUCUUAUCAUAUCAUCUGUCAGUUUCAAAUCCUCUUUUAGUAUGAAAGAGGAAUGUUUUCAUCUCUUCCAGUCAGUCCAUCCUACCCUUGUGUCUCUCUCCUUCUGGGCUAAAAGGAAAGUAAAACUAACAUUGCCUAAUUUUUCUCCUCUCCUCUCUGAAGUUGAUCACUUUCAGGACACAUUUUCUCAGUGUAGGAUGUGCAUGUUUGCUUUUAAGUAGAAAGGUUUGUCUGACACUGAGGAGACAUGGAAGCUGUGAUUGGACUGUUGCUGAUGCUACUCAGAGUCUCUCAUGGUGGAGAAACCUACUGUGAUGGCAGACAGGAUGGAGCUCAGUGUUAUGGAGCUUUGGGAGGAACUGUGGUCCUCCAGCUGAUGGACAGUGCCUCAGAAAUAUUUAGAUACGAAUGGUUAAAGAAAACAACAUCAAUACUCAGAGGAGGUAAGAACAGAGCAGUGUUUAAUCUGAUAGCAGACAGAUCUUCAUUUACUCCCAGUGAUGGAACAUUUAGGAUCAAUGACCUGAGCUGGACUGAUGGUGGCGAAUACACUCUCAUAAUCUUUGAUUCGAAUGGACACCAAUCAGUGCUGCAGACUCUACUGUUGAUCAUUCAAGCUCCUGUGUCCUCUGUCCUGCUGGUCUCUGAGUGUCUGUCCCAGGGAGAAACGAGGGUGUCCUGUUCCUCUGAGGGAGGAGACAGUCCUCAGUACAGCUGGACUCUGGAUGGACACACACUGACAGAUGCUCAGCUCCUUUCUGGAAAUAUUGAGACUAACAACAUCACUCUGAAACCAGACGUCUCAGGACAACUGGUCUGCUCAGUCAGGAAUCACAUCAGUAGUGUCUCAAAAGAAGAGAGGAUAUAUACCUGUGGCGUGGGAAAUCAUGAGUAGAAAACUGGUGAUAUUGAUCUGUAUAACAUGGAUGAAUAUGUAAUUUAUCCAUAGUUUAGCCAGGGGGACUCACAGGUAACCGUGAGUGUUCAGUUACUCUUUUAAAGAAGCAACAGCCUACCAUAAUAUGGUGUUGUAGUGUAUUUUUUAUUGAUACUUUAUUGAUACUACAUUACAUUAGCUGUAUAUGAAACCUUUGACUUGGGUAAGGAGACUGGCAGCUUUAGUGUCCCUUAAACCCUUCACUCACAUUAACCUUGUUUUAGAUUUCUCCAGUCAGAGUAUUGACAGCACCUCAGUAUGAACAUCAAGAAAAGGAUUUUCAUUUGCUCUGAUAGAACAAAGGUUAUGCACUGUAACCCUAGUUCUAUGAUCACAGCUGGAGCCCUCUGACAUUUUCAACCUGUCACUUCUUUGACUUGAUGAAAUUGGGAUCAUGACACCCUUCAUAAAGAAUCAGUCCAAUUGGAAAGAAUGUUUGUUCUGACUGACUGAUCAAACACAUGGAAAUGAUCAGUGAGUUGCUGCCUUUAAAGAGUGCCUGAGGCCCACAUAUCAUCAUAUUAUUAUAGAAUAAACUGCAUGGACAAUAUUCAAUGUUUUCUUUGUUCCCUUACUGCUGAAUUAAAUGGCAUCACGAUCAAAGACACAAUUAGGGCUAAAUGUGCUAAUUAUAUCAACUUUAGGUGAGGAAAUCUGUUAAUCCUAAAGUAAAAUGUGACAUAGUAAAUAAAUUACUGUCAUGUUCGCAAUGCAAUGCAUGUUAUUUGGAAAUUAAUUUACUCUAGAUUUGAAUGUGUUUUGCUUUCGUACAGCUAUACCACAAUUGAUUUUGGCAUUUUUAAAAAGAAUAUGUUGUGUAUAUGGUGUGCAAUUGGUAAGUUACAGGUAUAUUCACAAAUAUAUAAAGUGUUUGACUUAUAGAUACUUGUAGAUGAUCAAAUGAUGUAAUGAUUCAUUAUUUUAUUUCUCACCUGAUCAGAAUUGAAAAAUGUCUGUUUCAGUUCCAUGUUUCAUUGAUGUAAACAAAUCUUUUUAAUCAUGAAAUAUUAGACAGCCAAUUAGUCAUGUUUUAAGAUUGUACCUUUAACUGUUGAGUUUUAUUUUGGCCUUGAAUAAAAGUUCUUGACUCAUA